AUGGCUGCUAUCCAGCCGAACCGAGGAGCUACCGUUCCAGAUGUCCUGGCUGUUGGAGUGUCCAGUGAGCCACAGCUAGAGUGGCUAGCCAAGCAGCAUAUCAUAGCGCAAGAUCGGAUCCAACUGAAGAAGUUGUCCCAUAUGCGAUACCAACAUCCUGAUCUUGAAGAGAUCACGACUUUCAUGAUCGCAACUCGCCUUCCCACUGCUAGUCCAGUUCAAGAUCUCAGCGAAGCACCUGGAGGUGGAUCUUUGGUGACCAUCACCGACCCGGAAGGAUUCCCUUUCAAUGUGGUUUUCGAUCAGAAGCCAACUAAUGUUGAGGUUUCGCAUCCGGAGAAAGUCGUGCUGAACUAUACGGGCGAGAAAAUAAGACGCCGUGAGUUCAAUCGCUUUGAGCCUGGCCCAGCAGCCGUUCAUAAGCUGGGUCACUUCGGACUUUGCACCCAGCAGUUUGAAGUAUUACUCAAGUUCUAUACCUCGACAUUCAACAUCACCCCUACUGAUCUGGUCUACGUGAAUACACCCGAUGACCAGAAAAUGGUCGUCACCACGUUCUGCCACAUCGACCUCGGGGAGACUCAUGUAGACCAUCAUUCAUUCUUCCUGAGUGCCAACCCCAAGGGCAAGCACGUGCACCAUUGCUCCUUCGAGGUACACGAUUACGACACCCAGCAAUUGGGUCAUCAGUGGCUUGCGAAGAAGGGAUAUAAAUCUGUUUGGGGAAUUGGCCGGCACAUUCUCGGCUCUCAGAUCUUUGAUUAUUGGUGGGAUACGACUGGCAACAUGGUGGAACACUACGCCGACGGGGACUUGGUUAAUGGUGACACGCCGAUUGGGUAUGUGCAGGCGGGGAGCGAGUCUCUUGCUGUUUGGGGGCCUGAUGUGCCUGCCAUAUUCUUGGAGUAA